UUGUGCCCUGUGAUUUUCCCACGCCCCCUGCUGUACUGCAAGCGACCAUUAGGUUGCAUCAAGUCCUAUUUUGGUAAUCGGAAGGCCCCUAAAACUAGACUGAGAACUGACUCGCCUGCGCUUGUCAGUGGCACACACACACACAGUCCGGAGCAGAUGAAGUGCUGCAUAAACAUCGCCGACUUGGACUCCAGCGCUCGGUUGCUAACUUUGAAAUUUGUGCUUGGGUUUUUUUUUUAAUUUUGCAAAUUAAUGCAACUGAUUUGUAUUCCCGGAAAGAGCGGAGGAUGCUGAGGAGGAACUGAGGAACGAUCCUUUUUUGUUAAAAAAGUCUCUCAUGUGGGCCAGAGGAAGCCGGAUCGGUAGACUCGCUGUGUUGUUGCAGUCAGAGGCUGUUCCCUCGGCGGCUCAGCUCGCAACAUGAAUGCAGACAGGGACAGCUCCUCGGCGGCGGCGGUGGUAGCCCCGGCUCCCGCUGAAGGAGUCUCUGGGACAAUGCUCUCCCCGGCCUCCAGCAACGUCCCAGCCGGCACUUACUGGCAGGACCACACGGCGGUCGCCACCUCGCCCGCCUUGGUGCCCGUAGCCCGUCUCAAGAACCGGCCGACCACCGUGGUGUAUGUGGUGAACGAGGCGGCCCCGCUGCAGGUCGCCGAGAGCCUGGCGCUGCAGUGCCUGAGAGAGGCAUGCGAGGGAGUCAGCGCCGACCUGCAGACCUUGCCUUUCGAGAAGCUGGACUUCGGGGAGACCGCCGUCCUCGACUAUUUUUACAACGCAGAUAUCGCAGUGGUGGAGAUGAAUGAUGCUUUCCGCCAACCUUCCCUGUUUUACCAUCUUGGAGUGAGGGAGAGUUUCAGCAUGGCAAAUAAUAUAAUUUUAUAUCGUGAUACAAAUUCAGACACACUUCAGUCCCUGCAGGAGAUCAUAUGUCAAAAGAAAAACACAUCGUGUGGAAACUACAGCUUUAUACCAUACAUGGUGACUCCACACAACAAGGUAUACUGUUGUGAGAGCAGCUACAUGAAGGGCUUGAGUGAGCUAAUGCAGCCCAACUUUGAGUUAUUGCUUGGCCCUAUCUGCAUGCCACUAGUGGAUCGCCUUGUUCAGUUGCUGAAAGCUGCACACAACAGCUGCUGUCAGUACUUCAGGGAAACCAUCUUGAAUGACAUCCGGAAGGCCCGUGAGCUUUACUGUGGUAAAGAAUUGGCUGCCGAGCUUGGAAGAAUAAGGAAACGCCUGGACAAUGUUGAAGUUCUCGCUGCUGACAUUAUCAUUAAUUUGCUUAUCUCCUACCGUGAUAUUCAGGACUAUGAUGCCAUUGUAACAUUGGUGGAGACUUUGGAAAGACUUCCAACCUGUGAUCUGGUGGACAAUCUUCACAUCAAGUUUCAUUAUGCCUUUGCGCUGAAUCGGCGAAAUCGUGCAGGAGACCGACAAAGUGCCAUUGCUAUAUUACUGCCAAUGGUGCAGUCAGAGGAGCAGGUUCCGUCUGACAUAUAUUGCCUUUUGGGAAGGAUCUACAAAGACAUGUUUCUGGACUCUGUCUUCCAAGACACCGAAAGCCGAGAUAAUGGAGUUCUCUGGUACGGGAAGGCUUUUGAAUCCGAGCCAACGAUACAUUCUGGGAUAAAUUUAGCUGUACUUCUCCUCGCAGCAGGGCACCAGUUUGACACAUCCUUUGAAUUACACAAAACGGGUGUGAAACUCAGCAGCCUACUGGGGAAGAAGGGAAACUUGGAAAAAAUCCAGAGUUACUGGGAUGUGGGCUUUUACCUUGGUGCCAGCAUGUUAGCAAAUGAUCCUCUCCGAGUUAUUAUGGCUUCUGAGAAGCUCUUUAAACUCAAGGCGCCUGCCUGGUAUUUGAAAUCUGUUGUACAAACUAUCCACAUAUAUCAACGGUUUAAGAAACAGACUCCAGAGCAGCCGUUCGAGAGUCAGGACCUGAUGGACUUCUGGAUGGACUUCAUUGUCGAAGCCACCAAUGAAGCUUUGUCUUUGGUUCGAUUUCCAGUUUUAAUUUUGGAGCCAACCAAAGUCUUCCAGCCUGCUUAUUUAUCCAUAAACAAUGAGGCAGAAGAGAAGACUGUGUCUAUUUGGCAUGUAUCACCCAGUGAUAAGAAUGCCAUAUAUGAGUGGAACUUCAAUGCUACUUCAAUCAGGGGUGUGAGUGUUUCCAAAUGUGAUGAACGCUGUUGCUUCUUGUAUGUUCUGCAUAAUACAGAUGACUUUCAGAUAUACUUUUGCACAGAGCUUCAUUGCAAAAGAUUCUGUGAAAUGGUGAACUGUAUAACAGAUGAGGUGGGGAAAGGUGCUGAAGAAGGAGACUCCGAGGGAGAUGCAUUGGAGUACGACUAUGAAUAUGAUGAGAAUGGUGAGAAGGUCAUACUGGGCAAAGGUACAUUUGGAGUUGUCUACGCAGGUAGAGACUUGAGCAAUCAGGUCAGAAUUGCCAUCAAAGAAAUCCCGGAGAGAGACAGCAGAUAUUCCCAGCCCCUCCAUGAAGAAAUUGCACUUCAUAAGCACCUCAAACACAAGAACAUUGUGCAAUACCUGGGCUCCAUUAGUGAAAACAGCUUCAUUAAGAUCUUUAUGGAGCAGGUUCCUGGAGGUAGUCUUUCCGCUCUCUUACGAUCCAAAUGGGGUCCUUUGAAGGAUAACGAACAGACCAUUGGCUUUUACACCAAACAGAUCCUUGAAGGACUGGAAUACCUUCAUGACAAUCAAAUAGCGCAUCGAGACAUUAAGGGCGAUAAUGUGCUGAUCAACACCUAUAGUGGGAUCUUGAAAAUUUCCGACUUUGGAACCUCAAAAAGACUGGCAGGAAUCAAUCCCAGUGCUGAAACAUUCACAGGAACACUUCAGUACAUGGCACCUGAAAUAAUAGACAAAGGACCACGAGGUUAUGGGAAACCUGCCGACAUCUGGUCACUGGGGUGUACAAUUAUUGAGAUGGCCACAGGGAAACCUCCAUUUUACGAACUGGGGGAACCUCAGGCUGCGAUGUUUAAGGUUGGAAUGUUUAAAAUUCAUCCAGAGAUUCCACAAUCCAUGUCACCGGAAGCCAAAGAAUUCAUUCUUCGUUGCUUUGAACCAGAACCAGAUGCGCGUGCUACUGCUGCAGAGUUGCUAUCAGAUGCAUUCCUGAAGGUCUCCAGCAAGAAGAGAAAGACCGCAUUAAAACAACAAGAUUAUCUUCGCAGCAUCUCCCUUCCAGUUCCAGUUGUUGUGGAGGAAUUGAGUAGCGGCAGUGAAUUUGGCUCAGUUUCGCCAGACUCUGACAUGAAGCAGGAACCUUUCUUGUUCAAAAUGAGGGCAAAAUCCUGCAUUGAAAAGGAGAGCAAACCAACAAGACAAUUGUUUCUCAGUAUCCCCGAUGACCAUUUUGAAGAUCACAGUGCACCACCGUCUCCUGAGGAGAAGGACGCCGGGUUCUUCAUGCUGAAGAAAGACAGCGAGAGGAGAGCCACUUUACACCGGAUACUCUCAGAGGACCAGGACAAAGUUGUGAGGAACCUGCUUGAAUCUCUGAUGCAGGGUUCUGAAGAACCAAAACUGAAAUCUGAACAUAUCGGUACCCUUGUUGUUAGUUUAAGGGAAUUUGUGAGAUCAACUGAUCGCAAAAUCAUCUCAGCCACCCUUUCUAGGCUGAAGUUGGAGUUGGACUUUGACAACCAGGCAAUCAACCAAAUUCAGGUGGUGCUGUUUGGUUUCCAAGAAGCUGUAAAUAAGGUCCUGAGAACACACAAUAUUAAGCCUCACUGGAUGUUUGCUUUGGAUAACAUAAUUCGCAAAGCUGUGCAGACAGCUAUUACUAUUCUUGUACCUGAACUGAGACCACAUUUCAGCCUUGCCUCUGGGAGUGAUGCAGCAGACCAAGAUGAAGCCGAUGUUGAGGAUGAUGAUGAUGAUGAUAUUCACAAUGAACCGGCCCGCUGUGAAAUCCAGCAGCCAAUUGCUGUUAACGAGGACAGAAUACUAACUUCAGGUGUGAGCACCCUGAGUUCAACAAUGUCGCAUGAUUCUCAGUAUCUACACAGAUCUUUGACUGUGCAAUUGGGAAGACUUAAAUUGGAAACCAGCAGACUUUUAGAAGAGCUCAUUCAGAAAGAGAAGGACUAUCAGAUUCUUCUUCAUCAAUCCAUUGAAGACAAGGAGCAGGAAAUUAAUUUGCUCAAAUUGAAGUCACAACCAAUAGACUUACCGAUUCUUUCUGUAUGUCACUACAAUUCUUCGCCAGUAAACUCUGGAGACCCUGAACUUAUUAGCUGGUUGAAAGAACAUGGAGCCGAUGAAGAUACCGUAGAUAAGUUUGUGGCAGAUGAUUAUAAUCUGCUGGAUGUUCUUAACUACAUGACAAGAGAUGAUCUGAAAUGCUUGAGGAUAAGGGGUGGAAUACUUUGCAAAUUGUGGAAAGCGAUCAAUGAGAACAGAAAAAAAAAAAUCUACUUCCCCACUAGGUCACAUGCAAAGAACCUGUAAUGGGACACACAAAAGCAUCUCUCAAUGAGAUACUAGCACUUUAAAAUAAACUUGAUAAUGUAAAUAUGUGGGUUGUUUAUGAGUCUGCUGCAAUUAUCGCUAUAUACCUGAAUGCUGACAAAUGUGUGUGUUACCAAUUAGCUGGCCGUUAUUAUUCAAAAUAAUCAUAUUUGAUAAAUAAAUUAAAUUGGUAUUUAAGGAAUCAUUUUCCAACAUUUAAUGUUCACUAGUGGGCACUCGAGAACAUAUAAUGGAUGCUUGUAAAGCAGGCUGUAUAUAAUUGUCCAGUCAUUGCCUAAAAGAUCUGCAAACAUCCUGAAACUACAAAGUAUGUGCAUUCCCAAUAGGUGAGACUAUAUUUGGGGCUCUAUUUUUGACUUUCUUUUAAAAAUGGGGGAAAACAAUUGUGCACUAAAUUCUGUUUUUAUACUUUUUGUGUACUUAUUGGAUGAUAUUUUGCUGAACUACUGUUAUGUAUGUUGUGCAGAACUGCACACAUUGUAACUUUUUGACUAUGUCUAGAAUGCAGCUCACUGUCAAGUCGUCUUAACAUUUUUCUGCAGUUGAACAAUCUAAAUUACUGUAGUAAAUUUUGUAAAUGUACAAAGAUUAUAUGAAAUUGUCCAAUUUUUGUAAUAUAAAUUAAAUAGCUUUAUAUUGUA